GAUAUUUGAUUUACAUGUUACUUCUUCAGUUACUUGACGUUUAAUAGUGCGAAAAUAAAAUUUCUUUUCAUCUACUUUAACAAUGAAUUUUGCACCAGAGUUAAUUAGCUAUUCUCAAAAAGUUUGUGCAUUAUAUAAAACGGCAAUGAGAUUGAUAGAAUCGCAUUAUUAUCCAAGAUAUGUCAUACGAUAUCAUCAAAUUCUUCUGCGAAAACGAUUUGAUGAUAACAAAUCCGUCUGUGAUCCUAAGGAGCAGCGUCGACUUUUAUGGGUAGGAGAGCAUGAAGCCUUCAUGAAAAAAAACCCUGUAUUCCUUGGGCGAUUUUCAAAAUCAAUGGGUCGUGCAGGAGGUAUAGCUUUUGAACGAGUUGUUGAACCUCCAGAUUGGGUUAUGGAUUAUUGGCAUCCAUUAGAAAAGGCGCAGUAUCCAGAUUACUUUGAGACUCGAGAAUGCCGCAAAAUUGAAUACAUCAAGAAAUGGCAAGCUGGUAUCAUAUAUUGAGAUAAAAUAUGUGUCAUCUCGUAAAAAAUGUAGAAUGUGUUUAAACGUAUGUUUUCAUGUUAAUUUUUUAAUUCUUCUUUUGAAUAAAGGGAAUUUUAUGGAUGGUUGUA